AUGGCUGAUUCAGUGACAUCAGAUGAUCAGAAAUUUUGCUUUAAGGAAGUGCUCGACGCCUUCAGGUUAUGCCUGUCUGAAAACAAGGAGGUUUACAUGGAACACUACGUAGCUGGGUGGCGAGGUUUGGUCAAGUUCCUGAACACAUUGGGGAGUGUUUUUGGCUUCAUUUCCAAAGACGCCGUAGGCAAGGUUCAAAUUUUGGUCAGUCUCCUCAAAGGUGAAGAUGGCUCUCACUACUCUACCAUCCAGUCUAUGGUGAAAUACGAGCUGGAGAACCAACUUGUGGACCUGACCAAGGCCGGAGCUCACCCAACAUCUGGUUGCCGCACCCUGCUGAGACUGCACCGUGCCCUGAGGUGGCUGGAGCUGUUCUUGGACAGUUUACGGACCUGCAGUGAGGACAGUAAGACGUCGGUGUUGUGCGCAGACGCUUACAACAAGUCGUUGUCAAAGUUUCAUCCCUGGGUGGUGCGCAAAGCCGCUGGAAUGGCCUUCUGCCUCCUGCCCGGGCGGCAAGCAUUCUUUGAUGUUAUGAAUGUCGGGACCACAGAGCAGGUGGUUGCCAUGUUGGGAGAAGCCAUUCCUCUCAUUAGUGAAGUGUACCAGAUCACAGAGGACCUCUAUGCGCAACACAACAUACUAGACAUACCAUAG